GAUUCGUAUCUGCUGGAAGUGAGGAAAAAGAGAAAAGUGAAGGGCUGUCGAGGGGAGGGGGGGGGGCUGAAGAAGAGGAGCUGUCAAAAAGUUAUUCCCGAGUCUCUGUCAAAAGGCGGAGAGUUGAGGCUCGGUAUCCCUUCACUAACGCUGUUUCGAGGACACACAAGGCCCGGGGCCUCGGUGCGGUUGGUUCUUCGUCUCCCUGGUAGUAGCUGGACUCCUCUCGGCUUCUUCUGUCCCAGCUCCGCGGCCCUCUGGAGGUCCGGCGGCGGUGUCGGGUGUUGAAGGCGGCCCGAAUAGCGGCGGCAGCGGAGACGGAAAGAAGAUGUUCAAGAUAAAGGUGCUUUGCUGCCACGACUGACGCCCCAGUGCGCUUAACAGAAAAAGCAGUCCUGACCUGGCAACAUACGAAUGGCCCAGGGAAGCCACCAGAUUGACAUUCAGGUUUUGCAUGACCUGCGCCAGAAGUUCCCUGAAGUCCCAGAGGGUGUUGUCUCUCAGUGUGUCCUGCAGAACAACAACAACUUAGACGCCUGCUGUGAAUACUUGUCCCAGGUCAGUCCGGGCUACCUGUACAGUGAAGAAGGAAACAUCAGCUUUUCUGACGACCCCAGCUUCAUCAGGCUUCGUAAUCACAUGACCCAGCUGAACCUGGGCCUACAGUCUCAGAAUGUGCAUGUGGCCCCGGUUCGGGACGGCCUGAGAAUGAACGGCAGUCGGACUCUGGCCCACAGCCUGAGUGACGGGCCCCUGCAGACAGGCCAGGCCCCCAACAGUGACUUCUUUCAGCAGGAGCCACAGUCAGCCCCAGUGCAGGUGCCCUCCAGCAUCAAUGUAUUUGGUGUGAUGGAGCCCACCCGUAAACCGCAGCCUCCACAGCACCUGGGACUCUACCCUCUGGGUGGCAAAGGAACGACUAUGGGUGUCCAACAGACACCACGCUUCAACCCCAUUACCGUGACGCUAGCCCCCCAUAUCCAGACAGGACGGAACACCCCCACUUCUUUACACAUACACGGCGGCCCACAAUCGGGCCUCAGCAGUCCACAGGGUAACUCUAUCUACAUCCGGCCCUAUGUUAGCCAGUCUGCUACGAGCCGGCAGAACCAGCAACAGGGAGGGAGGGCCCAGUACAGCCCCACCUCCCAGCCUCAGCAGCAGAUCUACCAGAUCUCACACCCCUCCUCCCUGUCCGGCUCCUGGACCGGCCCUCAGCACGCCUCCUCCUCACAUACCUCACAGCACCAGACCUCUCACGUCUAUAUGCCAAUCAGCUCCCCCACAAACCCACAGGCACCCUCUAUUCUUCCCACUGCAAGCCAGGCCUCUUCCUCAUGCUCUUCUUCCUCCUCCUCGGUCAUGCCCACCUCCCUGUCGACCAUCAGCCAGUACAACAUCCAGAACAUCUCCACUGGCCCGCGAAAGAAUCAAAUAGAGAUCAAACUUGAAUCUCCCCAGAGGAGCAACUCCACAACCACAACAGCCGUGCUGCGGACUAGCGGAGGGCCUCGCUCCUCCUCCACGUCCUCCUCCUGCCCUUCCUCUUCAUCCUCUUCAACUGGAGUGGCUACGGUCCCCACCACCCCUCUCUCCAUCGGAGGCCCAGGUCUGAGCCGCAGCCAGCCCACUGUUUACAUCUCUGCCAGCCCGCCUACUGCUGCUACUGCUCCCUCUGAGGAGGCCAUCAUAGCCUCAGCCGGCUCCCGCUCCCAACCCAAGUUUUACAUUUCUGCCAAUACCUCCAGCGACGACAGUGGGGGUAGGAACCCUCCCACAGUCUACAUCUCAGCCAAUCCUCCCAUGCAGGGGCCCUCAGGGGCCAGGAAUAUGGGGGGCCAAGUGAGCAUGGGCCCCGCCUAUAUCCACCAUCAUCCACCUAAGUCCCGUGCCUCUUUAGGAGGGGGAGGCACAGCUUCCUCCCCACGUGUUGUAGUGACUCAGCCCAAUACCAAAUACACUUUUAAAAUCACAGUGUCCCCCAAUAAGCCCCCGGCUGUGUCCCCUGGAGUCGUGUCCCCAACUUUUGAGCCCAACAACCUCCUCAGUCUCCCCUCAGACCACCACUUUGUUGAGCCCGACCCCCUCCAUCUCUCAGACCCGCUGUCGCCACACAGAGAGAGGCCAAGCGAGCCGCGCAGACUCAGCAUGGGCUCUGAUGAUGCAGCAUACACACAAGCGCUGCUGGUCCAUCAGAAGGCCCGUAUGGAGAGGCUGUGGCACGAGCUGGAGCUGAAGAAGAAGAAGCUGGAGAAGCUAAAAGAGGAGGUCAACGAGAUGGAGAACGACCUGACCAGGAGACGGCUGGAGAGAUCCAACUCGGCCUCCCAAAUUCCUUCUAUUGAGGAAAUGAAGCAGUUGCGAUGCAAAAACAGGUUACUGCAGAUUGACAUUGACUGCCUCACCAAAGAAAUUGAUCUCCUUCAAACAAGAGACCCGGGCAGUAAGAUUGUGAAGCCCAUGGCAGACCAGGAGGAAGACGAGGGGACGCAGUGGAGCUGCACCGCCUGCACCUUCCUCAACCACCCCGCCCUCAACCGCUGUGAACAGUGCGAGUUCCCGCGGCACUUCUGAGCCAACGAGGCCCCCUCCUCUACCAGACCACAUUAGAAAAGGGCGGUUGUGUUUCUUCUUUUUGCUCGUUGUAUGAGAACUGGGACGGGGCUCAGUCAUUGUGCAUCACGCGUCCUGUUUCCCCUGAUUUUUAUUUUUAUUUUGCCCUCUAAGGUUUGUAGAAUGCUGUCCACUGAAGGCUUGACUGGAUAGUGUUUACAGGUCGUGUUUUUCAUAACGGCUGGCAGAGUCGAAUGAUACCUCACCUUAGAGACUCGGAUGGCGUGGGUGACACUUUAGCCCCGGGGAUACCUCGCUGCUCCCACUUACAGUAUUACAAGUGUGGCCCUGCAGUGUGAUGAGACACACACACACACACACACACACACACACACACACACACACACACACACACACACACACACACACACACACACACACACACACACAGGUGCCAAUGUGCCUUUUGCUGAUUACAUGUUUUAGUUUUUCUUGCUCUGUGGUGGCCUGACCGGGGGAUUUGGAACGGUUCAGCCAUUGCUCUCCAUCUGGUGGGAAAACUAACGGACUUAUCGUGGACUUUAAAGUUUGUUUGCUGUUUCUAGAGGAUGUCAAAGGGGGAAGUGCAGUGUUGCUCACUGCCACUCAAACGUGCAUCUGGUCCUCCCCCUUCAGUAUCCCUCUUCUGUGUCUUCGGUCAUGUGUUAAUGAAAAUGGAAAGAAAAUGGCAUGCUUGUGUACAGUACACAGAGGCAGAAACUCCUGUUGAGCUUUUUACUGUACAUAUUUUAGAAUGUGCCUUGAAAGCCUUCCUCCUCACACUAUGAAUCACUUGUAUUUCCUGUAAGUAUAGCUUUAUAGACUUUAUUAACUUUUUUUUGUCUUGUUUUGUUUCCCUCUUUCAAACAAAUAAGCACCAUGCUCCCUGUUUAAGCUUUUGACCUGAUUUCUGUGAGAGUUGAAGCCUUGCAGAAGGAGAGGAGCAGAGCAGUAAAAAACCUUGCAGUCAUCAUGAAGCUACGUCUGCCCGGUCCGCUCAUCUCUUGUGUAAUUGCUGAGUUUCCUGUGUACGAUCUGCAGAUGCAGCAAAGAGGAAGGCGAUUGAGGAGUCUAUUUUUUUUUUUUUUUUAGGACAACAAAUAUGUCGGGACUGUCGGGGGAGGGAAGGGGUCAAAAAGCAAAAUUACACACUGCCAUCUUAUCUGACAACUGGAAUGUAGGUUUAAUGUUUUGGGGACAGCUACACUUCAGUGCAAAGACACAUUAAUUUUCCAGUCCAAUCAGGAUGUUACUGCUGCUCUGGGAACUGCUGAUUGGGUUAAAAGUUUCCAUGUUGCUGUGCACCUGAAUGAGGUUUUUGUGAGGUAACAAAGGUCAAAGUAUUCCUAUGAUGUAGAAAUAAUCCUAUAACAGAUCACAACUGUCCACUUUGUAUACUCUUAUUUUUAUUUGGCUAAUUUCAUCCUCCUAAGCUUUUAUUGAUGAGGGUGUCUCUAAAGUUUACUUAUUGUCAUUAACUUACCUUAACUGUGGAGUAGAUACUUAGUUUUGUUUUUUCCACACUUGUGAAAUGUUGCCUUGCAUCAGUGCCUUUAGAACUAUUGAAUUUGUAUUGAUAAUCUAUUCUGUCAUAUCAGAGUGCCAUUUGUCAAACCAAAAUUUGAAUAUUGUUUUAACCCAUUUAAAAGUAGAAGAUGAAUUAUUGUCUCUUAAGCACUUACGCCAUACUUUUUCCUUUUUACAAUCCAAAGAAACCAGUUUUCAGCUUUAUCUGCACCUUGGUGUGAAGAGGCAGUUUAUUCAUGUUUUAUUAAAUGGACAAAAAAUAAAUUGGAUAUCUAAAGUGUUUUUUUGAUUUUAGCUGGGAAAACUGUCUUUGUAACAGAUAAGUUAUUUGUAAAAAAUAAUAAAAAAAAUCUAUUCUGA